CAAUGUGAAAUUAAACAAUGUAAAUUUAUAAAUGCUACUUCAAAACCAGAUCGACUUCCAACUGUUUAAGCUCAGCAGACGCAGCUGCCACUGCCAUGUCGAAGGAAGACAGCGGCGCAUCCAGCGCGGAGGCGAAUCCUGCCGAGUCGGAGAUGGCGAUGGGUCGCGGACCGCGCCUGAUCCCGCAGCGGAGGAGGUCCUUGGGCGACGGCGAGUGCGGUGGCACCGGUGGCAGUGGAGUCGGUAGUAGCGCCGCUGGCGACAGCGAGCCCAGGUCCGAAAGGAGCGCCCGUGAAGCGACGGUGCCGCAUUCGGCGCACCGGAAAGUCCUGAGCGAUCCGCGCUUCCGGAUCCGACCGCUGCAGCAGGUGAUCUCGGCCUGUGCCGGGGCCAUGAUCACGGCCUGCUUCAUGACGCCGCUGGACGUGAUCAAGACCCGGAUGCAGUCGCAGCAGUCGCCGGCGCACAAGUGCUUCUUCUACUCGAACGGCUUGAUGGACCACCUCUUCUCAAGCGGUCAGAGUGGCCCCGCCGAGGGCAGUCGCCGGCCGAGGCCUCAGUUCUCCAGCACCUGGGAUGCCCUGAUGAAGAUCAGCCGGUAUGAGGGACUGGGCGCCCUGUGGUCCGGCCUGGGACCCACUCUCGUAUCCGCCCUGCCCUCCACGAUCAUUUACUUCGUGGCCUACGAACAGUUCAAGGCCAAGUACCUCCAGAUGUACGAGCGCCAUCUGAACAGGAGUCCGAAGUCCCGGCAGCUGGACCUCAGGGACACCAAGAUGAGCUUGCCUCUGGUGAUUCCCAUGAUGUCAGGGGUCACGGCCCGCAUCUGUGCAGUCACGGUGGUGAGUCCCAUCGAGCUGGUGAGAACCAAGAUGCAGGCCCAGCGCCAGACCUACGCCCAGAUGCUGCAGUUCGUCCGGAAUGUGGUUGCCCUGCAGGGAGUGUGGGGACUGUGGCGCGGUCUACGGCCCACGAUCCUCCGAGACGUGCCCUUCUCGGGGAUUUACUGGCCCAUCUACGAGUACCUCAAGCAGCAACUGGGCCACAGCUCGCAGCCCUCAUUUAGUCUGAGUUUUCUGGCUGGCGUACUGGCGGGCUCGGUGGCCGCCCUCGUGACCACUCCCUUCGACGUGGUCAAGACCCACGAACAGAUCGAGUUUGGCGAAAGGGUCAUCUUCACGGACUCACCCGCCAGGGACUUCGGCAAGAAGUCCACCUACAGCCGACUGACGGCCAUCUACAGGUUGCACGGAGUGAGGGGACUCUUCGCCGGAUGCGGACCUCGGCUCUUGAAGGUGGCCCCUGCCUGCGCCAUCAUGAUCUCCACCUUCGAGUACAGCAAGUCCUUCUUCUUCUACUACAACGUGAGGCACCACAACGAGGCCCUACUGUUGACCAACCCGAAUGCCACGCUGGUCGACGAGGACGACAUUGAGUAGGCGGAUGCCGGAUGGCAAAUGGCGGAUGGGGACCGAGUAGAGCCUGCUGCCUUUUGUAAAUAAAUAUGUAGAGCCCGAGCUGGCGGGCGAAUUCAAUAUCCCAAUUAA